AUGGACAACUCUCGCCCCUGUUGCCGGGAAAGAACCCUAGCCCCAGACGGCGAAACGGGCAAGAUAAGUUGCAUGUCGUGCGGCGCCGUUCAGGAAUUCGACGAUUACCAAGCACAUAUCGGCGGCUUCACCGGCCCUACAGGCACCAACGUUCGCGUCGGUACCGCCGGCACUGGCUCCGUCAACAAUUACAAGGAGAACAAAAUCUUCAAAGCCCAGAAGCUCAUCGACGACUUCAUGUUAAGAUUUGGGCUUGAGGGGUCGAAAUCUAAGGAGGUCAGGAUUCUGAUCGAGAAGAUCACCGACGGCGAAUACGGCCAGGGUAAUUGGUUUCCCAUUUUAAUCGGCGCCUGUACUUAUGUCGUCAUGAGAAACGAUCAAAAAGUGAUGCCCAUUGCCGAAAUUGCCGAUUCGGUCUGUUGUGACGUUUACCAAUUAGGCGGAAUGAUUGGCCGUGUUGUGGAUUUUCUUGAUAUGAAGCUGCCGGAGUUUGACAUCGUGAAUUCCUUCAAACGUGCUGUGGAGAAUUGCCCGAGCUUCAGCCAGGUAUCGAAGGAUACAAUUGGGGAGAUGCUCAAACAGGGAAUUUUUUUAAUUCAGUGUUUGAUAAAAUGGUUUGUGACCACAGGACGAAGGCCGAUGCCAGUGGUGGCUGCAGUUUUGGUGUUUGUGGCCGAGUUGAAUCAAGUGAGUGUAAAAAUUGAAGAUAUUGCAAGAGAACUUCAUGUGGCUCUUUCUACUUGCCGGCUGAGGUAUAAGGAGCUUCUCGAGAGGCUCGUAGAAGUUGCACGGGUUUUGCCUUGGGGAAAAGACGUGACAGUUAAGAACGUUUUAAAGAAUGCUCCUUUUGUUAUUCAGUACAUGGAAAUGAAGUCAAUGGCAAAAUCUGGCGAUAAAAAUCCGAGCUUUGAGUUUUCUCAUUUUGAUAUUCAAGAACUGGUUGAGGAUUGCUUGAGGACAGAUAUUUGUAGUUACUCGGUUGAAGAAUCUAGAUCGAAUUAUUUCGAUAUCGAUCGCCAGUCGAAUUCGAGCAGUGUUGGAUUGGAUAAUUUCCGAAUUUCGCCCGAGUGUUUGACCAUGAUUUAUUCUAAUUUCAAGGAUGAGAUUUCUCUUGUCAAGGCGAAUGCAGAGAUGAUUGAUGUGGAGAAGAAUAUAGGGAAAAGGCGAAAGCAUAUUGACCUCCGUUCAUGUAUUGAUUGGUGGAGUGGGAAAUCAGAUUUGAGCAAGAAGCUUUUCUUGAAAGAGAUCUUAAAGAAGGACGUGGGAUUGGAUGUGACUCCCCCAUCUUUCGAUAAGUCGUGUUUGGCUUAUGAAAAGAGAAGGGAUAGGAUAAAAACUGCCAAGUCCCGCAUACAGAGGAUUAUGAAUCCUGAGAUUGUGGGCUCUGGGAAAGGUGAUGGUCCGAGUCUCUUGGGGUCGGCAAAAUCGGGUGAGAAGAGGAAGAGAGUGAAAGCGGUUGUUGACUGGGAAGAUUUUAUUAUCGAGACUCUUCUCCUUCAUAAUGUGAAGGAAGAGGAUAUCGAGAAGGGGCAUUAUAAAGUUCUGUUGGAUUUGCACGUGUUUAAUUAUCGUAGCACUGAGUGA